UCAUGUUCCAUGAGAAGGAUUCAACAAGUUGCAGUUGAACUAACAAAAUGACACGCAAGUCAGCAUUAUUCACCCCAAUACUUGAUUGAUCAAGUCAACCAGGGGCAUCGGGCAGCUAUAUAUAUAGCGGCAUUCCGGCUGCAUUUUGUCAUCCCCUUAACUUCGACAAUCACUGCUGGUAAGUGUUAUUUCUGGUCCCCCCCCCCCCAAAAAAAAAAAAAAGUCCUUUUUUCAGAUUUUGAGUAAGGUCCAGAUCAAUUUUUCUGUUCACCAUAUCAUUGAGAGUUGCUAGCUAGCUUUGGCCUUGGAAUCAAACAUACGGCAUGUCGUGUUCUUGGAUGAUCCCAGUGUUCGCUAUUCUGGCUUUUGUUGCAUCCGCGGCCCAAGCUGACGUCGUGGAGCAUACCUUCAAUGUCGCUACACUAUCUCUUCCCCGUAUAUGUCAGCCAGGGAAUACGAGCGUCACCGCCGUAAACGGACGAGUGCCCGGUCCCCAAGUCGAAGCCCGCGAAGGCGACACCGUGGUGAUUCACGUCAUCAACGACUCGCCAUACAACGUGACAGUCCACUGGCAUGGCGUGUUCCAGCGCGGCACGCCGUGGGCGGACGGGCCGGCGAUGGUGACGCAGUGCCCCAUCCGGCCGGGCCACCGGUACACGUACAGGUUCGCCGUGGCCGGGCAGGAGGGCACCCUGUGGUGGCACGCGCACAGCUCGUACAUGCGAGCCACGGUGUACGGCGCCCUCGUCAUCCGGCCGAGGCGCGCCGGUGGCUACCCGUUCCCGACGCCAUACGAGGAGAAGACCGUCUUGCUGGGGGAGUGGUGGAACGGCGACCCCGUCGCCCUGGAGAGCCAGUCCUUCUCGACCGGCAUACCGGCGCCGAACGCCGACGCGUACACCAUCAACGGAAUGCCGGGAGAUUCGUACCUCUGUCCAGAGACGACUAACCGAAUUGCCAAGUUCGAGGUGCGCCGCGACAAGACCUACUUGCUCCGGAUCAUCAACGCUGCGCUCAACACGGCGUUCUUCUUCAAGGUGGCGGGGCACACGUUCACCGUCGUCGCGGCGGACGCGAGCUACACGGAGCCGUACGCGACCGACGUGAUCGUGAUCGCGCCGGGGCAGACCGUCGACGCGCUCAUGGCGGCCGACGCCUCCCCCGGCUGCUACCACAUGGCGAUCUCCUCCUACCAGAGCGCGAUCCCCUUCCCGCCGCGUCCCGCGGGGUUCAAUGGCAACACCAGCACAGCCAUCGUGGAGUACGUCGACGCGACGGCAACGACCGAUGCUGGCUCCCCUGUGCUACCCGUCAUGCCAAAACCGAACGACACGUACACGGCUAACCAGUUCUACACCAGCUUGACGGCGCUCAUCCGCCCCGGCAGGCGGACCGUGCCGCUCACCGUGGACACCCGCAUGCUCGUCACCGUCGGGCUCGGCUUCUCCUCCUGCCAGCCCGAACAGACGCAGUGCAACAGGAGCGCCCCGGUGGUCUUGGCGAACAUGAACAACGUGUCAUUCGCUCUCCCGAACACCGUCUCCAUGCUUGAGGCGCUGUACCGGAACACGGCGGACGGCGUGUACACCAGGGACUUCCCCGACCAGCCGCCCGUCGCGUUCGACUACACUAGCCGCGGGUUGCUCGGUAACUCGCCUCUGGCAUCCACGGGGAGCCCGUCGACGAAGGUGAAGACGCUCAGGUACAACGCGACGGUGGAGAUGGUGCUCCAGAACACCGCGCUGGUGGGACUCGAGAGCCACCCGAUGCACCUGCACGGGUUCAACUUCUUCGUGGUGGCGCAGGGGUUCGGCAACAACGACGGCGAAGCGGCUGGAGCAGGUGAGUUCAACCUCGUCAACCCGCAGGAGCGGAACACCGUCGCCGUGCCGACCGGUGGGUGGGCAGUCAUCCGCUUCGUCGCCGAUAACCCAGGAAUGUGGGCCAUGCACUGCCAUAUCGAUUCUCACUUCGCCAUUGGCUUGGCAAUGGUGUUCGAGGUGGAGAGCGGGCCGACGCCGGGGACGACGCUGCCGCCGCCGCCCCCCGACUUGCCGCAAUGCUAGCUGGCAGCUACUAGCUGCUAAGGUUGCUCUCUGAAAGUUCAGUUCUGGCCUUCUUCGAUCCGGUGAAAGAUGGGCUGCCAUCAUGAUGUAAAAUGCUUCGGACGACAGGGAGAUGACAAUUAAGUUCCAUACACAUCUUGGUAAUCUUUGAAGAGAUACAUUGUUUCGACAAUUCGAUUCCGAUUGAUUGCAAGUGUAUUUUAUCCGUAGAGUUUUACCUUCUUUUCUGUGUUGAUAUUUGAUCGUUCCUGGAUUCUGCAGUUCUGCACGUUAACAUGUAAAUAAGAGGGGUCAGAAUCAAAGAGUAAAUAACAACAAAUCACAAGAAAAGCAGAAAUUCAUGUACGUGAUUUUUCCUAGGAACACAAUCAGUGAAGAAAUUUUUUUAGAUAAUGAAUCACUGAAGAGCUUGUGCCU